AUGUACAAAUCUGCCAUUGCGCUUAGCUGGAUGGCGAGCCGGAAACCGUGUGGUAUUCAAGGAGAGCGGAAACUCCGUCUGGACGCGGGGCAAGGCGGCCGCCCAAGGGGCUGGGUCUGGGCUAGUCUUUCCCUGGUGUGCUCUGUUCUUUCCGUGCAAGCGCACCCGCAUGCCCAUAUUAGCUCAGCAAUUAUCACAUCGAUCAGAACAGAAAUAAAUGCCGGAGGCCAAAUUUCAUGA